AUGGAGGUUUUGAUGGCUGUUUGUUUGUUGUCUUUGUGGGUGUGCUUUUUCUGCUUUGCUAUCUUGAAAUGGAAUGAGAUGAGACACAGUAGGAAAGGAGUGCCUCCAGGGACAAUGGGGUGGCCAUUUUUUGGUGAGAAUGCCGAGUUCCUGAGACAAGGACCAGAUUUCAUGAAAAACAAGAAGGCAAGGUAUGGACCUGUUUUCAAAACCCAUAUAUUGGGUUGUCCCACCAUCAUCUCUGUGGAUCCUGAGCUAAACAGAUACAUACUUUUGAAUGAAGGAAAGGGUCUUGUUCCUGGCUAUCCACAAUCCAUGCUAGACAUAUUGGGGAAGUGCAACAUAUCAGCUGUGUAUGGGACUACUCACAAGUAUAUUAGAGGGUCAUUACUAUCUCUCAUUGCUCCUUCCACCAUUAAAGACCAACUUCUCUCUAAGGUGGACAAAUAUAUGAGAAUCUGCCUCCAUAAUUUGGAUGGAGAAACCAUUGACAUCCAAGAGCAAACCAAUGAUAUGGCAUUGUUCAUAUCCUUCAAGCUGAUUGUGGACACUGAAUCAAGUUCAGUAUAUGAUGCUUUCAAAGCAGAGUUCAGUAAGCUACUAAUAGGGUCACUUUCACUUCCAAUCAAUUUUCCAGGCACAAAUUACCAUAGGGGAUUCCAGGCCAGAAAGAACAUCAUAAAGAUUAUGGAACAGAUCAUUAAGAAGAGGAGAGCUUCGUCGAUGAACCAUGAUGACAUGCUCGAUAACCUUGUAAGAAACGUAGACUCGAAAUAUGAGCUGAGUGAUGAGGAAAUUAUAGAUCAGACAAUUACAAUUCUGUAUUCGGGUUAUGAAACUGUCUCAACUACUUCAAUGAUGGCCAUCAAGUACCUUCAUGAUCAUCCAAGAGCUCUUCAAGAACUAAGGGAUGAACAUUUUAUGAUUCAAAAUGGGAAAAAACCAGAGGAACCAAUUGAGUGGACAGACUACAAGUCUAUGACUUUUACACAUGCUGUGAUCUUUGAAACAUUGAGGUUAGCUACAAUAGUGAACGGAGUACUGAGGAAGACAACCAAAGAGAUGAAAUUGAAAGGAUUUGUAAUCCCAAAAGAGUGGAGAAUCUAUGUCUACACGAGGGAGAUCAACUACGAUCCAAUUCUCUAUCCAGAGCCAUUAACAUUCAAUCCAUGGAGAUGGCUGGAUAAGAGCUUGGAAUCUCACAGAUACUGCUUCUUAUUUGGAGGAGGAAGCCGUCUGUGUCCUGGAAAGGAAUUGGGCAUUGUUACAAUUUCUACAUUCCUUCACUACUUUGUUACUCGAUACAGAUGGGAAGAAAUUGGGGGAGAAGAGAUCCAUAAAUUUCCAAGAGUGGAAGCACCAAAGGGGCUGCAUUUGAAGGUGCUGAAGUACUAA